GUUAGAGGUUUUGAAACAUCAUAAGAAAGAUAUAUAAAGUUUAUAAAGGUUUCGUAAAACUUUGCAAUGAACCAAAAUAAAUAUUUGCAGAUCAAUUUUUUGUUCAUAUUAUUUUUUACUUGCUAUAUUUAUAAUUCGCAUCAGAUGGUUCUAGUGAGCGAACCAACAGACAUAAUAAAAGGCAAUUAUCUAUCAACCUUAACAAUACCUAAAGUGUAUGAAAUAUCCUUCGAAGUUUACCUAACUUCUGUUUCAACCACACCAACAAACUUAAUUCAUUUUACGACUGGAAAUAAUUGUUGUGGUUACGGAACAAGAAUCGCGUCUGUGUUUGUUUCUAGUCAAAGCACGCUUGCAGAAUUUACUGCACCGGUGAACGGAAAUGGCAAUUAUCAUUUCUUUGCAAAGUUACCGUUAAUGAAAUGGACAAAAAUUACUUCAAAACAGUAUUUAAGUCAUGGAAUGUACUUUUAUGCUGUCGAAAUUGAUGGGCAGACCGUUCAUAUAGUGCAAAAUAAUGACACAAGAAUAUUUGAAAACGUUAAACUAUAUAUCAGCAAUGUAUGGUUUAAUGCAACAAAAGGAUUCAUAAGAAACUUAGCCGUACCAAUGCUGGAAACUAACAGUAACUCGUUUACUAGAGACGUAAUGAGUGAAGCUACGAUAGCUAUGUCGGAUGUUAUUAAAGUUCCUUUAACAGUUAUAUUUGGAGCUGACGCCAUUGUUACUUAUAUCGAUCCUUCAGAUGAAGCCUCUGAUGCUGACACGUGCAUCUUCACUUGCCUACAAAACGCAAAAUGUUUUUCUUUAAGUUAUUCGCAAACUGGGCGAGUGUGCAUGAUAUACGAUGUAAAUAUCAGAACUAAUCAAAACUCUUUUGGCAGUAAUAUAAAUUGGGAUACAUACGUAUUAUGAAGUUUGCAUCAAACUGAAUUUUUGUGAUUAAAUGGAGCUAUAACAUGUUAAACAAAAAACAUAAUGUAUAUAUAUAUAUAUAUAUAUAUAUAUUAUAUAUAUAUAUAUAUAUUAAACUUUUUGUUGAGAGUUUGAAUUAAAACCCAUCUUGCUCUAUUCGCCAUCUUGC